GUGUAAAAAUGGCUAUAUAUGAUGAAAUCGCAUUCUAUUUGAAUGUUGUGUGAAUGAUUUAAUUUUAUCUCAAGUCCUUAUAAUUUGUUCCAAAACUGUUGAUUCUUGAUGAUAAUUUUCCUGUAGCAACAUUGAUUUUUUCGACAACACUUCUCUUGAAUUUUUGAUGCGGUUGUUCACUGUUUUCUCCUUGCUUUGAAAACUUGCUGCCCCUCAAGUGUAAUACGUGAAAUAACCAGGACCAAAAUCCAGUGGGGGCAGUUAAUAUACCCAAGGUCCGGCUCCGGCUCCUGCCAUGUACACAUCUGAGUUAAAAUUCAUCAAAUAUGAAAAUUUUGUGUUUGUACUCUUUGUUAUGAUGUGUAGGGUCAUACUAAAAACGUGUUCAAUCAUGAUUGAGAGUGGAAAUUUAAUCCUCAAAUCUCAUUAUGAGAUCCUCGAUGUGAAGGAAGAUGCUAGCUCUGACGAAAUUCGUACAUGCUACCGAACUGCCAUUCUGAGUUAUCAUCCAGAUAAAAUGCAAACAACAUCCCAAACAUCAAAUCCUGCAAACGAGUUGGGCAGAAGGUUUUUAGAGGUGCAGAGGGCUUGGGAAAUCCUCGGAGAUUCAAAAUCUCGUGCACUUAAUGAUAACGAGCUGCAAUCUUUGAGGCAAGAUUCUGCAACUGCUGAAGAUAUCAGAUUAGAGGAUCUGUCAAUCGAAGAGGUUGGUGAUAUUUUUGAGCUUUUGUAUGGCUGCAGAUGUGGCGAUUACUUCCUAAUCGAUUCUCUGGAGUUGUCAGAUAUGGGAUAUCGACUGUUGAAAAAUGGGAGUAAAAUUGUUUUGCAAGCGCCUAGAUCUCCACCUGCAUCUGUUGUUCUUUCUUGUGGGUCAUGCUCGCUUAAAGUACGGUUAUUGAUUAAUUCUGAUAGUAAGCUUCAAACUGAGUUGAGUAAUUGAUAAUAGUUUUUCCAUUAAUCUGCAAUUUUGGUCUGAGAAAGUGAUUUAAAAUUA